UAUUGGAAUACAAUAAUUAUAUUCUAUAUAUAUAUUUUUAAAAAAAAGCAUACUGAUGUCUGUUGCGUUUACUUCGGCUCGCCCUCGAAGUAAAGGAGAGGUGACUCAACAAACGAUACAGAAGAUGCUGGAUGAAAACCAUCACCUUAUACAAUGUAUAAUGGACUAUCAGAGUAAGGGGAAGACGUCAGAAUGCACGCAGUAUCAGCAAAUGCUCCACAGAAACCUGGUUUAUCUGGCUACAAUAGCGGAUUCUAAUCAGAACAUGCAGUCAUUGUUACCCGCUCCUCCCUCCCAAAGCAUGAACAUGGGCCCUGGUGGGAUGGGUCAGAGCGGGAGUGGCCAAUCCCUGCACACCCAGGGCAACCUGAACGAUGCCAUGGCAACCAGCCUGCCUCCUGCCUCUCUCAUGCAAGCGCAGAUGAGCAACGGCCCCACCCACUCAACCAUGCAGUCGCCAGGACAAACCCCUCUGCCCCCCACGUCUGUGAGCAUGCCAGCCAGCAGCCACGGAUCAGCAGUGGGGUACAGCCACUCAGUCGCCCCCUCACAGGGUGUGCAGGUUCAAAGCCAGGGCCAGAACACAGGCAGCUAUGUCUCCCGCGGCAACAUGGGAAUUCAACCUAAUCAAGUCAAUAUGAUACACCAGCCAGGUGGGGUGUCCCAUUACCCCUCGGCACAAGCUGGGAGCCAGCACUACCAGGGGCCCCAGACCAUUGGCCUGAUGGGACAGGGCAACCAAGGCAACAGCAUGAUGACACAGAGAGCCGUGGGAUCCUACCGUCCCUCACAGCAAGGGUCUGCACCGCAGUAUACUGGAACGGACGAGUUCUACGGCGAGCAGUUUGGACAUGCUCAAAACUCUGCAGGUCAUGGAGAAUACCCAUACCCACAGCCCUCCUACACAGAGUCCAGCUAUGAGAGGACAUUUGAUGAGUCCUCACAGCACUACUAUGAAGGAGGAAAUAAUGCACAGUACAGCCAACAGCAAGCCUCCUACCAGCAGGGCUCCAGCCAACAGCAGCCCUUCAGCCAGCAGCAAUACCCCACACAGCAGAGCUACACUGGGCAGCAACAGGCCUAUGGACCAGGGCAGGGGUCUUCCUCCCAGUACUCCAGCUACCAGCAGGGCCAGGGUCAGCAGUACAGUGCGUACCGCGCUGGGCAGCCUGGGGCCAGCGCCCAGGCUCAGCGGCCGUACACAUACGAGCAGGGUCAGUAUGGAAACUACCAGCCGUAGGACACCUUCAGCUCUACAGUGGUUCUGCCACAAGCACUUUUACUUGUAAUUUAUAUAAUAAAAAAAAGAUGUAAUUGAAGAUGUAAUUGAGGCUGUGGGUGGAGAGAGGUUUUCUGUAAUAAGACUGUGUUUGUACAUUUGUGGAAAUAAGUUGUAUAACAACUGGUCCAGAUGAGAAGGCUGUACAGUACAUUCAGAAUUAUUUUAUUUAUUUAUUUGUAGCUUCUUUUUGUAAAUAACAUUUUAAGACUGUUUUAUAGUUUGUAUUGUAAUGAACUAAAAUCUCAUCCCCCUUUUUUGGAACUCUUUAUUGCUAGCAAAUAUUAUUGCACUGUCAUAAGUACAUACCUGUUUUAGGUAGGGAGUGGUUUUGUGGUUUUGUGAUUUAUGCCACACUACUACGGGAUUAUCUUAUUCUCUUGACAGCAAACAAAUAAAUAAAUAAAUAAAUAUAUAUAUAUAAGGACUGUGCUGAAAGGUGAAACAGCCUGUAGCCUUACAGCUGAAGGAUCUGCCAUUCCAAUGCACUGAAACAGAUUUACACUGCCAAGGUGUCCCUGAGGGGCUGCAACAGCAAACGCAGUAUAACCAGUUUCAAACCAGUUCCAUUCUAACCAAUUACUGUGUCUUUGAAUAUAAUAAUAUAUGUCACACAGAUGGGUGUUCAGUAUGUUUUUUUGAAUGGCAAGUGAAAAGGGUAUGCUGUUGGAGGAAUCCACGAAUCAAGCAAAUUUUGUGUAUUUAGUGCUAGUGUCCCCAACAGCUCAUCCCAGAGAUUGCAAAAUGUUAAUGUUGGUGAUGGCUGGUAAUUAAAGGGAAGUUUAUAUGUGGUCCUGAUUAAUUAAAAACAACAAAGUUUUUAUACGUAGAACCUAUAUAAGGCCUUAUUCUGGGGGCAUGAGGGGGCCAUUUUAUUGUGUGUGUGCAAGGGCAGGUAAUAUUUGAAGGGGGUUUCUAUGUAAUAUGGUGAUAUUUGAUGGAACUUCACCCACAACAUUUGCCUUACUGUAUAUUUUUCUGACACUGUACAGUUUUGUGUCUAUUGUCUUUCAUUUCUUUAACAAAUAUACCGUAUAUGUUUGAAAAUCAAUGUUGCCAAAUGCUGGUAUUUACAAUUGAAUAAUACAGUGAUGAUAAAUGAAAUAAUGAUUCACUAAAUUAAUAUCUCCCUAAUAUCUCUUGAAGCAGAUUUUGUGAAAAUAACAAGGGGGCAUUAAGUUAAUUAAUUAGUAACAUUACACAAAGCUAUGCUAAGGCUAUGCAUACAUAAUAAUUGCACAAAAAGGGCAAUGUUUAUCAUCAUGUGGAUGUUGCAUAAGGAGACAAAGCAAAUGUAGGGACUGGCUGUCAGACAGCUGUUAAUGUUACACUUUUAUGUGACAAUCAUACACUUCUGUACAGCACACUGUGUAUAUGAAUAACUUUGGCUCGGCCUUUAAAGUUGUUCAUAUUGUAGAAAAACAUUAUUCAUGUUAAAUACUCAUGUAAAAUAAGAAUUAUUCAUUACUUAAAUACAAAUGUUAAACAUGGGAAAUUUAUUGGACUUGAUUGACUGCAUGAUGCAUAUUGUAUAUUGCCCACUUAAUGUUAAUGUUUACUAUGAAAGUAAAGUAAUGAAGGUCUAGCAUUCUCUAUUGUAUUAUAUACAGCAUCUUGCCUGUCUGUAGAUGCCUGCUGAAAUCCUCUUUCCACACACAAGUGCCAGAAUGAGCCAAUACAGGACAAUCUGCACAUUUUAAAGUAUAGUAUAUAGAUUAUAUUAGAUUAGAUCUAAUAUAUGUAUGAUGGAACUGUACCUUACAAGAGAAGUGUUAAACAGGUCAAGAUGAUUUUUGGCCAAUGGUUCUUCUGCCGAUACUUACAA